AUGCUAGCCACCAGUCGAGGCUGGGCUAGAGUUAUAAUUCUUGCUAACCUCAUGGCACAUGUGGAGGGUUUUCGGAGGAUAGGACCAACGAAACUCCCUCCUGGAAGGUGGAGUGAGUGGAGUCUGUGGUCCGACUGUUCCAAGACGUGCGCGCUUGGCCUGAGAGUGAGGGCAAGAAAAUGUUACAUUCGUAACAUUAACGGCAGCGAGGUUGCUCCCCGUACGGAAUGUCCAACAGGCAAAGACCAGGAAAGAAUAUUUUGCGACACUGGAGUACCCUGUCCUAUUCCCGGUGGGUGGUCCGGGUGGAGCUCCUGGACGUGCUCGAGAAGUUGCGGAAAAGGAAUCGGCAAACGUACACGACUCUGUAACAACCCUGCACCGCUCUUCGGAGGAGCUCCCUGCGAGGGUCCAGAAUGGGACAUGGGUACCUGUAACACGCGACGUUGCCCGUCACAACUACGGAAAGACGCAAUAGAAACGGCCAUGAAGAACCUUAAACAGAAGCAAGGAGAUAUCAGGAAAGAAGCGGGCGAAUCUGUAAAGCUCACCUGUUCCGGGGACGCCGUUGGCAACGUCUAUAGCCAGUUUCCGGAUUCCACAUUACGGUGGACGCUCAAUGGCAGAUCAAUAAGGCUGGACAGAGAAAGACAGUUCUUCGUCGGCGAGGACCUCACACUUAUGAACCUGAGCACCGUCGAUUCUGGAGUGUAUAUUUGUUGGAUGGACUAUCAAGAAGGGAGCUCUGUAGCUGUAUCUAUGGCAUCCCUCACAGUUCGAAGCAAGGAACCCUCGCUGUCGCUCAAUUCGCCCGCAUGCCUCCUUUUAUUCUGUAACGUGGAGACACUUCAGAAGGUACUCACCAAUGUUUCGCUCGAGUGGAGGCACAAUGGCUCACUCAGCAAGAGCAUAAAGAAGCCCGGAAGGACGGUUUCUCUGUACGUUCCUGAAACCAAGGAAUCCGACAGCGGUGAAUGGGAGUGUCGAAUCAUAGACAACAACGACAAGUCAUCCUGGACUGCUGCUUGGUUUCAAGUCAAAGGCCCUUUCUCGCAUACGUGUUCUUCAACCAUUGUUUGA